GGGUCCUUUCUCGCCGCCGCGCAGCCCACGUGGUUUUGCACGUGGGAAGUUCGUCUCGGAGUCUAAAGACUGCUGCAGCCUAUUCCCUUGUAACGUGGAUCUUUUUUUAAAGUGAAAGGAUCUCUCACUGAAAAUGCAGCGCAAGAAGGUGGAUAAUCGCAUACGAAUACUGAUUGAGAAUGGAGUGGCUGAGUCGCACCGGACACUCUUUGUUAUAGUAGGGGAUCACAGCAAAGAUCAGGUGGUCAUACUCCAUCAUAUGUUGUCUAAAGCAGCUGUCAAGGCUAGACCAUCAGUAUUAUGGUGUUAUAAAAAAGAGUUGGGCUUUAGCAGCCACCGUAAAAAAAGGAUGAGGCAAUUGCAGAAGAAGAUUAAAACUGGAACGUUAGAUCUGAAACGAGAUGACCCUUUUGAAUUGUUCAUAGCUGCCACAAACAUUCGGUACUGUUACUACAAUGAGACACACAAAAUUCUGGGGAAUACCUUUGGCAUGUGCGUGCUCCAGGACUUUGAGGCCUUGACACCAAAUCUGCUGGCUAGAACUGUUGAAACUGUGGAAGGUGGUGGCAUAGUUGCAAUUCUUCUGAGAACAAUGAAGUCCCUGAAGCAGCUCUACACAAUGACCAUGGAUGUACAUUCUCGCUACCGGACAGAGGCACAUCAGGACGUGAUAGGCAGAUUUAAUGAGAGAUUCAUCCUGUCUCUGGCCUCUUGCAAGACCUGCAUGGUGGUUGAUGAUCAGCUCAACAUCCUGCCAAUCUCCAGUCAUGUUGCGAACAUAGCAGCUGUUCCGCCCCGUUCUCAGGAAGAUAGUCUGAGCCCUCAGGAUAUGGAGCUGAAGGAAUUAAAGGACAGCCUCCAGGAUACACAGCCUGUAGGAGUGCUGGUCGAUAGCUGUAAAACCCUGGAUCAAGCAAAAGCAGUUCUGAAAUUCAUUGAAGCCAUUUCUGAGAAAACGCUGAGGAGCACUGUGGCCUUAACAGCUGCCAGAGGCCGUGGGAAAUCGGCUGCCUUGGGAUUGGCUAUAGCUGGAGCAGUGGCUUUUGGAUAUUCCAACAUUUUUGUUACAUCUCCCAGUCCAGAUAACCUAAAUACUCUGUUUGAGUUUGUAUUUAAAGGCUUUGAUACUCUCCAGUAUCAGGAGCACUUGGACUAUGAGAUUAUUCAGUCUCUCAACCCUGAAUUUAAUAAAGCCGUUGUCAGAGUGAAUGUGUUCAGGGAACACAGACAGACUAUUCAGUAUAUACACCCUGCCGAUGCUGUGAAACUGGGUCAGGCCGAACUUGUGGUGAUUGAUGAAGCUGCUGCUAUCCCCCUCCCACUGGUGAAGAAUCUGCUAGGCCCUUACCUUGUUUUCAUGGCUUCUACAAUCAAUGGAUACGAGGGCACUGGCCGUUCCUUGUCGCUGAAGCUGAUUCAGCAGUUACGGCAACAGAGUGCACAGGCACAAGCCAGUGUGACAGCAGAGAACAAAAUAACAACAACAGUUAAACUCUCUUCAGCCCGUACAUUGCAAGAAGUUUCCCUCCAGGAAUCCAUUAGAUAUGCCCCAGGAGAUGCUGUUGAAAAAUGGUUGAAUGAUCUGCUGUGCUUGGAUUGCCUCAACAUCACGAGGAUUAUAUCUGGCUGCCCACUACCUGAAACCUGUGACUUAUAUUACGUGAACAGAGACACCCUCUUCUGUUAUCACAGAGCAUCAGAAGCUUUUCUUCAGAGGCUGAUGGCUCUGUAUGUGGCCUCACAUUACAAGAAUUCUCCCAAUGACCUCCAGAUGCUUUCAGAUGCUCCUGCCCAUCACCUCUUUUGCCUUCUGCCACCUGUUCCACCUACCCAGAAUUCCUUGCCCGAAGUGCUUGCUGUUGUUCAGGUGUGUCUGGAGGGUGAAAUCUCUCGCCAGUCUAUCAUGAAUAGUCUGGCUAGAGGGAAGAAAGCAUCAGGAGAUCUCAUUCCAUGGACUGUCUCAGAGCAGUUUCAAGAUCCAGAUUUUGGGAGCCUCUCUGGUGGGAGAAUUGUUCGCAUAGCAGUCCAUCCUGAUUAUCAAGGGAUGGGUUAUGGCAGCAGAGCUCUGAAUUUGCUGCAGAUGUACUAUGAAGGCAAGUUUCCUUGUUUGGAAGAAAAAGUUACUCAGAAGCCGAGAGAAAUUGCUACUGUGAGCAGUGAGGCUGUGAGUUUAUUAGAAGAAGCCGUGAUGCCUCGGAAGGACUUGCCGCCCCUCCUUCUCAAACUUAGUGAGAGACAAGCUGAGAAUUUGGACUACCUUGGUGUGUCUUAUGGCUUGACCCCAAAGCUGCUCAAAUUUUGGAAACGAGCUGGAUAUGUACCAGUUUAUCUGAGGCAGACUCCAAAUGAUCUGACUGGGGAGCACUCCUGUGUCAUGCUGAAGCAGCUGAAUGAAGAGGAAGAGGAAGAGCAAGAGAACUGGCUGGCUGCUUUCUGGAAAGAUUUCAGGAGGAGAUUCCUGUCUCUUUUGUCAUAUCAGUUUAGCACUUUCCCCCCUUCAUUAGCUCUGAACAUUUUGCAAAACAGAAAUAUCAAGCAACAGUUGCAGCCCCCAAUCAGCCGUAGUGAAUUAGAAGCUGUGUUUAUCCCUUAUGACCUGAAGAGGCUAGAGAUGUACUCGAGGAACAUGGUGGACUAUCACUUGAUUAUGGACAUGAUCCCUACUAUCUCAAGGAUGUACUUUCUCAACCAACUUGGAGAUACAACCCUUUCUGCUACACAGUGUGCUCUUCUUCUUGGGAUUGGUCUGCAACACAAAUCUGUGGAUCAGCUGGAAAAAGAGAUAGAACUGCCUGGCGGCCAGCUGAUGGGCCUUUUCAACAGAAUCAUCCGCAAGCUUGUCCAGUUGUUCAACACUGUCCAGGAAAAGGCUGUGGAAGAGCAGAUGGCAGCAACAAAAGAAGUCGUAAUGGAGCCAACCCUGAAAUCUUUAAAUGAAGAUUUGGAAGAAGCAGCAAAAGAAUUCCAAGAAAAACACAAGCAAGAUAUUGGGAAGUUGAAAGAUCUGGACCUUUCACAGUAUAUAAUCCGAGGUGAUGAUGAAGAAUGGAAUGAAGUGCUGACCAAAGCAGGACAGAAGGCUUCUGUUGUGAGCCUGAAAAGUGACAAGAAGAGAAAAUUGGAAACCACAAUAGGACCAAAACAAGAGAAGAAAUUUAAGAAAAAAACCCCAAAGCAAAAAUGGAAGAAAUGAUCCAGAAAUCAACAUGUGGACUUCUGUUUGGGGAGGAAUCAGAUUUCUUUUCCAAAGCAAAUUACUUUGGGCUAUGAGGAAACUAUACCUCACAGUAGAAAGGUCUGAAAUAUUUUUAAUACAGAGGCAGCAUGGAGCAAAACUGUUUGGAAGAUUUUUUUUUUUUUUAAUUGCUGCCAGCUCAGCAUUUAUGUUAUGUUAAGAGACUGCUGUAGAGCAGGGCUAAAUAACUGGAUUAUUACCAGGAAUCAUGACUCUUUACUGUUCAGCCCUCCAAAACCUCUGUUUUGUGUGCCUAAGAGACCUAUAAACAUCUUUCCCUUCUCUUUA